GUCUAAGUGGUGAGGAGUGGGACUCUUGUCGUGCACCUGACACCACGAUGGAUGACUAUCCGAUGUAUGGGUUGCUUGUUGGGUUCUCCCUCUGGGGGACCCUCUGGCGUCUCCUCUUCCCUCUGGGGUUCUGGCACACCUUUACGUGUAGAGUAGAUACCCGGGGUGGUGCCUCCACUAAGCCGUACACGAAGGAGGAGGAGGAGAAGAUGACCGUCGUCCUGAGGGAAAGAAAGGAGAAGAAAGAGGCCAAGACGAAGGCCCUACAGGAGGGGCAGGCGGCCAAGCUGAAGAAGAUAGAGGAAGAGAUGGCCAGAGAGAAGGAGAGAAGAAAGAAAGAAGAAGAGGAGAAGUUGAAAGAGGUGGAAGAGGAAGAGGAGGAAGAUGAAACGCCACUGCAAAGGAAGAGGGGGCAGUACAGUGGCAGCAAAGAUGAUGAGAUGGAAAAACGGAUUUCAGAAUGGGUCGCCAACCUAUCCCUGGGUGAAGAAGAAAAGGUGGCGAUGUAUAUCCCCAAGGAUGAUCAGGAAGCCGCUAUGAGAGCCUGGGACGCAGAGGAAGAUGUCAUAAAACGCCAGGCGAUGGAAGAUGAGAAGAGGAUGGAGUGGAAACUGGCAGUGAUGAGGGAGAAGAAGAGGAGAGUGGACGCGACAACAGAUGCGGCCGAAGAAUUGAAGGAGAGGAUGCCCGYCUGGGCCAAGAUGAAGAAGGAGAAUAAAGGGCAGCUUAUAUUGGUAGAUACGGAGAUUUUUAGAGGUAGAGUUGGCGCCUUAGUGGAUAGUGGAGCCACUCGUAGUUACAUUAGUAGGAAGACGCUGCAAAAGUUAAAGCUGCAGUUAAAAGUCUUGGAGAAGCUGAGGGAAGCCAACUUCAAGAUCAAUGCAAAGAAGUGCGAUUGGGCGAAGACCCAAGUCCCAUAUCUAGGCCACGUCUUAGACGGAGACGGCGUUAAGCCAGAGGAUUGUAAGAUAGCAGCUAUUAGAGACUGGCCCACACCGCAUACGUUGACAGAGUUGCGGUCGUUCUUAGGCCUAGCAAACUACUAUAGGAAGUUCGUGAGGAACUUCUCCACCAUCGYUGCGCCYCUYCGCAGAUUGCYCAGGAAGGAGACCAUCUGGAAGUGGGAUAAGGACUGCACGUCUGCUAUGAAGAAGUUGAAACAGGCGUUGAUAGAAUAUCCAGUCCUUAAGGUAGCCGAUCCGUCCUUGCCUUUUGUCGUCACUACGGACGCUAGUCAGUACGGCAUAGAUGCGGUUUUGCAGCAAGACGAUGGCCAUAGCUAUAGACCCGUAGAGUUCAUGUCCGCCAGAAUGCCUUCAGAGAAGGUCGUGACAUCUACCUAUGAGAGGGAACUCUACGCUCUCAGGCAAGCGGUAGAACACUGGAAGCAUUACCUGCUUGGGAGGCACUUCAAAGUCUACUCAGACCAUGAGACGUUGAGAUGGUUAAAGACGCUUCCAGUAUGACACCUAAGUAGGUGGGCCGCAGAAAUAGAUCAGUAUGACUUUGAGCUCAAGCCAGUCAAG